CACUGCAACUCCGGUGAACAUUGUCGUGAGACCUGUUUUGCGGCCGCAAAAAUUUAGCAGUUUUACAACUUUUACGGGAUUUUUUUUGGCAAAAAAUACUGCUCCAAGUGUUAACCAUACUUUUGUGUUGUGCUCUGAGUAUUGGGAACGUUUUAUCGGCAAGAUGGGCGAUCAGGAUGUUUCAAAAAUGAAGGUUGCAGAUUUGAAGAAGGAGCUGAAGAAUCGUGGGCUCAGCACUCUCGGAAACAAAAAUGAACUUGUGGAUCGGCUACAGAGUGCUUUGAUAGACGGUGGGGAUCCAUUGGAAGAUACAGCUAAUUCCGAGGAUUUGCUGGAAGACGAUGAGCUGAACGAUGACAUCCUUGAGGAAGAGGAGGAGAAGCAACAUCAUGAAGCAACCGAAGAGGAUCGAAUACUGAAAUCUCCUACUCCGAGUGAAGCUUCGAAAUCAGAAUCGCCUGAGCAGAAAACUGAAGCAGUAGCCAAGGAACUUGAAUCGGAGAAGAAGGAAGACCAAUCUGCUGUUCCUCAGAGGAAGGUUGCCCUCAAGCGAAACAUAUCGAUUUCCGUUUCAACACCGGCAGCGACAACAGUUGUCACUGCAACCGUGUCCGACGACGAAAAGAAGCAAAGCAAAGAAGCGUUGGAUGAUGCAAAGCACUCAGACGCAGAAGCAGCCUCCGGGGAACCGGAGAAGAAGGUUAUCAAACUAACAGAACUGACAUCCCAACAGCGGCUGGAGAUGCGUGCCAAGAAGUUUGGCGCUCAGGCAGCGGAAACGCCGGAUUCAAAAUUGCAAGCUCGUGCCGCUCGGUUCGGACUGGCCGGCAGUGACUCCACCGCCGGUGGUGGAAGCAGCAAACCUGCCAGCACUUUGGUGUCGCUAGAUGCGUUGAAAAAGCGAGCCGAGCGAUUCGGUGUGAACGUUUCGGACAAGGUGACUAAGCAGGAGCAAGACGAAAAGUUGCAUAAACGUCAGGAGCGAUUUGGAGCUGGGGCUGCAGCAGCAGCAACAGUAGUAGCUCCAAAUCUUACGGCAACGGGCAAGGUAACCAUCAGUAGCAGCAGCACAAAGACAGACUAUGCCGAGCGUGCGCGCCUUCGGCUAGAAAGGUUCAAGAAUACCGUCUAAGCGAUGGUGAAUGCAAACAUUCAAUUCAAUCAAUCAUUUAAUUAUGUAAACAUUCGGGUUUGAUUCUUUUUUUUUACGAUCGUAGAGUUUUAUACAUUCUAGUAGAACCCCGAAAUAGUGGUCCGAUUCUAGGACUUGAAAACAUAGGCGAUUUCGUAGCCAACAAGAAGACAAAACUGAUUAUUUUCCAUUCAUUUCAGCAAUAUGUGUAACGUUUAUGUAACUCUUUGUGUUUAUCUUCACAAAUUCAUGGAAAAUAAAAAUGAGGUAAAUAAAGAAGAUUGAAA